AGCUCCGGCAAGCCGGGUCUCUGGUUCUAAUCAGUUGAAUCUGACUUCUGGGAAAACUGGCGUCCAGCGACUCCCCGGGGAGGCCCGUAGUCUUCUUGGGGCGACCUCAGGUUGGGGGACGAAGUCCUGGAGGGGACACUUGUUCAUCCACAACCAGAGACAUCUCUCCCAACUCAAGACUUCUUUUUACCACCCAAGUUUAAAACUCUGAGGCCACCCCGCCCCCUUCCCUCUCCCUCGCUUAGAAUCAGGUAUGGACGCCAACUUUCCAACCCUCUUUCCUUCUUCGGCGCUUCUGAAGGUAACCGGUGCGCGUGCGCACGUCCGUCCGAGAAUGUGUGCGCCCAGUUUCCCGCGCCGCGGGACCCCCAGGACGGCGGGGCUGUCCUUCGGCGAGGCCGCCUGUCCCGCUCCGCCCCCGCGGGCCUGCUUCCCAGCCCCGCCCCGGGCCCUCUUCGCCCCGCCCGCUCCGUCCCGCGCUCUCCGCCGCCCUCCAGUUUCGGCCCGCCCCCUCCUCGCAGCUCCCUGGCUCCCCGGGCUGCCCCCACCCCCGCCCCCGCCCCCGCCACCUCCCCCGCCCUCGCCCCUCCCCUCCAGCCCCUACCCUCGGCUGCUGCCCGAGCUUCCUCCGCGCGCCGUGCAGUCUCCACGGCUACGCGGCGUCCCCAGCGCGGAUUCCCGAGCCCCGCGCGAGCACCAGGUAGCUGGGCUGAUUCUCGGUGUCUGCCCUUCGGAUGGUCGGCUAGAGAGGGCUGCCAGCGGGAAUUCUGUAGACAAGAGAGAUGCCGUAAAGACAACAAAGAACAAACAGAAUGGCAGAUUGCUAAUGUUUAAUCCAAAGGAAAAAGUGAUGAUUGAAUCAAAUGAAGCAAUGUCAGAUAAAUGCCUUUUUGGACGCAGACCAAGAUUGAGAACCAAACUUAAUGCCUCACCAACGCAGGUCUCUCCAAGUGUAGCUAAGACAUUCGCAGAAAAGAAGGAAGUCCCUUCUAAGAAUAUUGAAAAUAAAGUCUCUUUAAAGAAUACUGAAAAUAGAGUAUCUUCAAGGGGUAUUGAAAGUAAAGAUGUCUUAACAAAUCUGCAGUCUGACCUACAGCCAUCUUCCUGCUUAAAAGAAAGCACAGGUGAAGUGAGCAAAGAUGCAGUCAUUGUAAAGCAGGAGAAAAAUAAUGAAUAUUCCCUUCAGGAUAUUGAUGAUAAGUUGUCAGAAUCAGCAGAGAAUGAUGGUGAAGAUGAUACCAGUGAUGAAGAUAAUGAUGAAGACAGCAACCCUAAAAAGAAUACUCAGGCCCCACUAGAGUUAAUGGCAGAAUUCCUGAGAGCAGAAAUGGCCCGAGAGUACCAUCUGGCAAAAAAAUUAUGUCAGAUGAUCCUAAUCUAUGAACCAGAAAAUCCUGAGGCCAAGGAGUUUUUCACACUUAUUGAAGAAAUGUUGCUGAUGGAGAAAACUCAGAAUCGUGAGAAAGACAGUGAAGAUAGUGAUGAAGACAGCAGCGGUGAGAGUAAAGGAGAAAGUGACGAGGAACUGAGUGAUGGGAGCUCUGACGAGGGUGAAGAUGGAUCGUGAGUGCUGCUGCGAUACUUAAAGUUUCAUGUAUUUUCAUUAAUGUAUAUCAUGCAAACAUAAAGAUGAGAGUGGCAUUUUAGUCUAAUUGUUUCUUAUUUGAUACAGAGUUUAAGUUACCUAUAUUCUUAGCUUAAGACUCUUCCUAAUAUUUAGGCCUUAGCUCAAUAUAUGAGUUACUCAAAUGGGGAAAAUAGUUGAAAACACUUACACAGCACUGUGUGCCAGGUACUGUUCAAACUGCUCUACAUACAUUAUAUAAUCCAGUAACCCUAUUAAGUACUAUUAUUAUGCCCAUUCUACAGAUGAGAAAACUGAGGCACAGAGAGGGUGAUAAUUUGCCCAGUGCCAUACACCUAUUUGUUUGUAGAGCCUGUAUUUAUGCAUGGACAUUCUUGCCCUAGAAUUCAUGCAUUUAGUCCCCUAUAAAUUACCACCACUUCAGGUCCUUUUAUAUCAUUCAUCAUAUGUUUGUUUGUUUGUU